AUGGACCUGGUCAUCUUCUACUCCCCAGACCAGGCAUGCAUGACUUACUACAUCAACAACGACUCCGCUGGUUACAAGAUCGAGUACCCCUUUUCAAGUAUUAAGAAUAUCAUCCUCGAGCCCGGUGACCCUGUUCCGCCAAUGGACGGCGCCAUUCCCCGAUCAGGUGGCUUAGUCAUCGAACUAAACCGUCCGCCAAAUUUCUAUAUGGACUCUUCCAACUCGGGAGGAUUCUACCAGUGCGGCGAUUUCACGGAAGAACAGCAGGCCACCAAGUCGCUGAUCCAUCAUCUUGGAGGCCAUCCCAAGGUCUUGAGUGUCCAGCUAGCCAAGCUUGUCUCACUCGAAACGUUCCAGAACCGCCAUGUUCCAGUGUACCCCUUCACGCCAAACACCCCUUUUAUUGAUGGCUCUCCACAGUUUGUGCAUCUCCAUCGCCCUGCAUCGCAGCCAAAUCACCUCUCACGAGCUCAGAACCGGCUCUCUGUCGACAACCAUUUGUCUGUAGGCCUAUACCCCAACAGAGGCCACAAACGCCAGCGCAGUAGAUCCGUUCCUGGCCCUGUCGACUUCGCUGCCCUGCACGCCAUGCCGGCUUUCCACUUCCAGUCCGCCAAUCCCUUCCAGCCAAGCACUCCACAGCACCAGGAGCAUCAGCAGCCAGACAUCUUUGCUCCUGUUCCCCUUGCACACUCACAGUUUCAACUUCCCCUGAACAUGAGCGAACCUGAUCUCCACAUAGAUACAUCUACAACCCAGCCACCGCCAUCAUUCAGCAUGUAUCCUGCCUCUGCAACCACCGCGGCUGCCACAUCUACUCCUGCAACGGAUUUUGUAUCAACCCCGCUCUUUAGCAGCGCACCAGAUCAGCCUCAAUCCCUGGGAACACCGUUCAGCUUACCUUUCCUCUCCCCUUCACCAGCCGUUGACAUCGACGUCGAUUCUGACCCCCACAGCAUGUCCCACCAGCAUCAGGCCCAAGCAGUUUCUUCUAACGGCCACUCACCUCCCUUAACAGCUACCCAACGUUCCUCUCCAACCAACAUGUUCGCCUCAACCGUCACAACCACAGGUGUUGAUGACGGAAUCAUCCUCAGCGACCUAUAUGCUAAACAGAAUCUCGGGUGUAGCAGCUCCAUCGCCUCUCCAGGCAUGGAAAUGGAGGAGUCAUUUGCAAUGACUUUUCAGGGUAUGAGAGGACAUGGUCACGGUAUGAUGGGUAUAGGAUUUGACAGCGGUACGGUCGACCCGAGUACCCUUGCUGCUGAAUCUUAA